AUGUCAAGCUUGCGUGCUACCAACACCUCUGUGGCGGGAUCCACUCGUCUUUUAUUGACAGUCGCGGUCAUCGUGAUAGGCGUUGUCUUCGCCCCCACACCUCGGACAGCUCAAGCAGCCGUUGAGAGACGUUUGUCUGUUGAUGGGGACGCAACGCAGGCGAAAUCGUUCCUGCCUCAAACAUCCACCGAGGAUGAAUUCUGGCAUGAGCAGUCGCGCGUCCUGCAGCGUCGGUCGCCGAGGUUUGGAUUCCUUGGCAGGAUGGAUGACGAAAGCACCAAGGAGUUGGAAGGCACUGUCGACGUUUCAGGCGAUGCAGAAGAUGCAGUGAAGACUUUUCCAGGUGAUAACGUGGACAACAGCAACGGUUUGGCUGUUGAUGAAUAUUUUGAGAGGCACCACUCAGCUGACAAUAUGGAAGGUGACACAGGCUCGGAGAUGCCACAGGGUACCAAGACUACAGCAAGCGCAGAGCAAGAAAGAGACUUGCCAGCUAAAGACAGGCUGAACAUAGAGAUCGAAGACGCUUCAACAACCCGAGACGCUGCUUCCGGAGGGACCUCCACCACGGAAGGCGCGCAACCGGAAUCUGUCGCAGAUGACGAGUUGCCAAUGGAUGAGACAGACUACACGCCCGGUAAUACGUCUCUUUCCGAAGGGGAGGAGACAGAAGGCGUGACAACGAAUGGGUUCAACAGCAAAACCGCAGACGCACGUGAAAAUAUUGAGAGACAGCAUGGAGAAAUGAGGGCGCAACACAACGUAUCUCUGACUCAUGGGCGUGAACAGGAAUUGGAUGCUGCGAGGAUGUAUCGAGAAAAGGAAGAUGAACAAGAGUUACAAACUACUGAACUCAACGAACAGGCGGCAGCAGAACAGGACCAGGUAGCACAGGAUGCUAUUGCCGUAGUCGGCCAACACAGGGGAUCUGAGGACGGCCAGAUACAGCACAUGCAUUCUCAAUCUCAACUGACACAGACGGAUUCGGGCAGCAAGAGCCUCCCAGCCGACAAGCCAGCGGACGGAGAAGCAUGGGAAGUGAUGCCGGGCUUGGUUUCUAUGGACGGUGGCGACACCGUUAUGCGUAGCAAGACGGAGACAAAUGUGAAUUUAGAGCGAUCACAGAGUGUCGAAGGUGAAGCCAAUGAGACAGGUGCUUUGGUCGACAGCGAACAGAAAGGAGAGAGCGUGGUUCCGGUGGCCGCUUCUGCCGGGAUGAUGGGCAACAAUCCAGAAGAAGCUGCUAUAAAUGAAAGUCCUGUAGUGUCACAUCCGCAGUCAACGGAAUCUCUUGAAAGCCCUGACGAGCUUAGUACUGACGUUUUCGGUCGAAGAGACUUCGAGUUUAGUCGUUCUGUCUCAGUGGACAGGUACUCUAACGAGGAUAGCCUUGCGGAGCCUAAUGCAACUGACCGGCGUGACGAUCCUGUGGCUCCUGCGCCAGAGUUGACCAAGGUUACGGAGGGCAAGGCGUCCAGGGGGCAACGAAAGGUGAAAACAGCAGCUUCGUUGAAUCGAAUUCCGCCUCCACCAGCACAAUCACGCCAGUCGAAACCAGCUGCUGAAGAUGUAUCUUUCACGGCGGAGCCAACACAACACACCUUACAAGAUCCUCAAGCCACAAGCGGAUUGCCCGGUGUAGUGCCAACCCGGGGCAUUCUUUCCCUAGUGACAGCUGCACGCAUCCUCGAGCUCAAACCCUUGUUGGACUUCGGAAAGGCCAUGAUGGGUGGGGUGGGUACCAAAGCAUCACUGCCCGUCCCUGCAAGCGAGCAGCAGGUGGAGGCUUCACGGUUACACCAACACCUCGAGCAAUCCAUUCGUCUUGCUGAGGAUUACAUUAGAAAGUAUUUUCCAGAGAUUGGUUCCGCAAGUGGUAACCAGUUCCAGAAGGCUUGGAAAGUGUUGCCAUUUUUAGAGGCGACAAGGCAGCGGCCAUUUGACGAAGACAACUCUGUCGACCUUGGUUAUAGUGACUACGUUGAUCUGGUAGACGGCGUCGUGGAAGAUACGACGAUAGACGACCUCUACAGUACUCUAAGGAAUAUAAUUCCUCACCUCAGCCCUUUCAGUCAGGGAACCCAGCUAAGGAUCCCAUCCCUAGUGCCCAAGAACAGCACCAACGUACCGGCUGUUAUCAACAGUUUCGUGCAAGGCGGCAGUAGUUCCUCCACCCACCAAGUCCCAAGCAGUUCCUUGCGGCCGAUAGUUUCUGCAAUCCAGAAGUGA